UAUGUGAAUCGUAAAAUGAUGGAAAAGUAAAUGAAAGAGAAGCAAUUUACGUUAAGUGAGUAUGUAAAGGGAAAGGAGAGGAAGGAAAAGAGGCAGAGGAAUAUAAAAGUAGUGUCGGUGCCCGCGGUAAGGUUCGCGCGUUGAAAAUUCAACCAAGGAAGAGAGGAGAGAAAAAAGCAACGGUUCUAUCGUCCCGGUAGAUCGAUUGUUUUUUUAGUGGGGUUUCCGCGAUAGUUCAGGCGGUAACCGGUAGCUGCCUCCUAGUCGGUGGUUCGACGUGAACGAGGCGCAACCGAAAAUCCGGUAAAAUAAAUCGACGACGCGAGUGUGAUUAUGCUCAACCAAUAUGCGUUGGGAUGUAUCGCCCGUUCGGCCGCGUUGUGCUCGGUGUGCUUGGUGUGACGUGUGAUUAGCCGCCUUUCUUCAUACGCGAUUCAGUGGUAUACGAUGUGGUGUUCGGCGACGGUCCUGAUCUUUAUAGCCGUUGUCAUCAGUGGUGUCCGCUAUCGAGGCUCCUACUCCUCCUUCUCUUCGUCGUGGUCGUCGUCGUUGUUGUCGUCGGCGUGCGUCGCGACGCAAAAAUUUAAUCGCGAGAGCUCCGUUGCCACCCUCUUCUAUCGGCCGAUCGUUCCACAGCGCUGCCCUGACGACAACACUCGUCCUGCUUGGGGUCACUACCUUCCGGCUAGUGACUAGUGUUAAAUCUGUUUUUGUUUUUGCCAGUGAAUUAAAUUGAGAGUGUUUUCAAGUGGGAGAGGAAGAAGGCUCUGGUUCCUUCGUUCGUCGUGGUAUAUAUAUAUACACGUAACGGUUCCUUCGUUAUUUUCAAUUUUUUUUUUUCAUCGCGUGUGCGUUCUCGCGGGUCCACCAGUUCUUUCUCCCGGUGGAUCGAAUUAUAGGAGGAUCGAUCCUUUUUGGUGUUCGAUACGGAUUGACCGUCCGCGCGGGUCCAUUUCAUUUCUCUCGCGUGGAACACAAGGGGAAAAAAGUCGAAACGAAAGGGAAAGAGGAACGGAGAGAAAGAGAAAGAGAGAAAAGGUAUAUAGGGAAGAAAAGCAGAGAGAGGCUUCCUUAGCCGACCCGCUGGGCGGCAUUCAGUAUCGGUGGUGUGGUGAGUGUGCCGUGAUUAGCGUCGGGCGAAGUUGUGUGUCGUUGUACAGUGCCGCCAAACGAUACCACAACAUCCGAUCCCAAAUGAAGAGUUCGGAGCAAAAUGGUUAGAGAGACACGUCACCUGUGGGUUGGAAAUCUGCCGGAAAACAUCCGAGAGGAUCGCAUACGAGAACAUUUCAAACGGUAUGGACGCGUGCAAAGCGUCAAGCUGCUGCCGCGGGGCGAAGAAUGCCCCGUGGAUGGAGGUACCGGUGGUUCCCUUGGAGAAGGCAACGAGGGUGGUUCCGGUUCCAGUUCUGGGAACGGUGGCAGUGGCGGGGGUAGCGGUUCCUCGAGCAGCACCGGGGGUGCCUCCGCGACGGUGGCGUUCAUGGAUAUCAAGUCCGCAGCGAAGGCCCACGCGACUGAGCAUACCUUGGACGAACGAGCCCUUACCACACAAUACUACGAACCACAACAUCUUCAGCACAGGUUUCCCUCGCACGGGUAA